AUGCUCGACGAGAAGAGACCUGCGAUCCGCUUCGACCCCCCUGACGCAAAAGCCCGUUUACGCGCCAGCUCAGUCACCAUGCUGAGGCAGUCACGACGCCUCCUCUGGAGGUCGAGAGGCCUAGUCUAUACCGCACUUGCCAGCGUCUUUGUGUGUUCGUUCCUGUUGAGUGCUUCCGGCGGCGGCUAUGGCGUUGUUCCCUGGACCGUUGACAUGAGCGGCACGGCGAUGGGUUACGGAAGUGGACGCAAGUCUUCGAAAGGAAAACCAACGUCAGAGGAUUAUGACGACAAGGCCAAUCAAUGGCUGUUCUCCAAGGAGUACAAUGAGACGGGGUUACUACCCGACGCUGGCGUGAUAUACGGGAACACCCUGUCCACACUCACCGACAAAGACAAAGUUAGCCCCAACACGGAAGCAAAUCUGACUUUAUCAGACAUUUCGACGGCCUUCACCAAAGACUCUCCUUACUACUUCAACCCAUACCCGAAAUAUGACAGUGACGAAUGGAAGAAAGAGCACCGUAGCGAUUUUGUACCUUGCGAUGGGCCUCUUGGCGAGAUCAAGGACAUCCAGGUGUUCAAGGGACACCCCCAGAAUUGGCCUGCCCCAAGCUUCGGAAGCUUCGAUUUGUUCGACAUUGACCCGAAUUUAUGUUACGAAAGGGACACGAGGCUAGGCCAGUACGGAAUGCAGAUGCAGUUCGACAGGCCAGCUCAUAUACUGGAUUGGACCAAAGUAAAAUGGGGAAAGCUGCAGAAGGAGUGCGCAGAGAAAAAUAAGGCCCGGUUUGAGAAAGACAUUCCCGAAGAGUCUAUCAAGGCGGACGACAAGGAAUCAAAGAAGGGAACCCCUUCGAUAGGCGAGAGCUCUGAAGAGCUCAAGAGGCAGAGACAGGCACAGCGCAUUAAGCGACGAGGUUCCACGAAAACAGAAGCAACCAGCCAAGCCAACUCCACCACCGCAGUUAUUCGGCCGGAGAAUCCUCCCGAGUCCAGGACGGCCGUUUUGCUACGUUCCUACACGGGCAAACGCUAUACCGACAACGAGAAGCACAUGAUGCGAUCACUCAUCAGUGAGCUGUCGUUGCGGACUGGUGGGCAGUAUCAAGUCUAUCUCCUCGUGCAGGUCAAGGACUCUCUCGAGGAUCUUGCACUAUGGGACAAGGAGACAUACAAGUAUAUCAUGCAGACUCAGGUUCCCAAGGAGUUCCACGAUAUUGCCAUACUGUGGGGCAGCUACGAGGUGCAGGAUAUCUACCCCUUGCUCGACCCUCUAGAUGCCGCGACAGUCCACAACGCGCAAUGGCUGUCGGUGCAGAAGUUCUCGCAGGAGCACCCAGAAUUCGACUACGUCUGGAACUGGGAGAUGGAUUCCCGAUUGAUUGGCCAUCAUUACGAUGUUCUCACCAAAAUAGCCGGAUUCGCCAAGAAGCAACCAAGGAAGGGGCUCUGGGAGCGAAAUGAGCGCUUCUAUGUUCCUGCGUACCACGGCGACUUCGACACAAAGUAUCGCAAGUUUGUUGAGAAGGCCUCCGGAAAAGACACGGUCUGGGGUGCGCCUGAGCUACCAUUCAUCAACCCUGUCGGACCCAAGCCGCCUGUGGCAUCGCCAUCGCAGGACAAAUACGAGUGGGGAGUUGGCGAGGAUGCUGAUCUCAUAACGCUUUCACCAAUGUUCAAUGUCGAUGAGAGCAAUUGGAUCCUCCGCAACCAGGUCUGGCAGUACAACGACACUACGCACAACUCGACCGAGCUGCCCCGGCGGGCGACCAUUGUGACGCAGUCGAGGCUCUCGAAACGUCUCAUCGAAGCCAUGUCAGCUGAGAAUGUCAAGGGAAACCAUGUUGGCUCUGAGAUGGCCGCUAACACAGUAGCACUCCUUCAUGGCCUCAAGGCUGUUUACGCGCCCAUGCCGGUCUUCAUGGACCGGCCUUGGAGCACGGAGCAGUUGCAAAAGUGGUUCAACCCCGGACCGGGAGGUACCAGUGGUGGACCGGGGAGCGCCAUGGGCUGGGGCCGCGAGCACCGCUUCCAGGGCACCACUUGGUACUACCGAGCGCAACCGCCGCAGCGACUGUAUAACAACUGGAUGGGAUACGAGGACACGGGAGUCGGUGGCAGGGCGUGGGAGAAUCGCCAUGGCCGUCCCUGUCUACCAGCGAUGUUCUUGCAUCCUAUCAAAGAUGUUAUGCCAACUUGGUCGGGAUAUGCCAGUCAAUCGGAGUUGCCGUACAACUGGUGGGAAGUUUUCAAGGACAAGGAGGAGAAGGAGAAAAAGAACUGA